AUGCUACCUUUGAUUGCCCUUGAGGAGCACUUCGUCUCGUCCAAAGUUCGCGAGGCCGAACGGGUCGACCAUUAUGCUACUUUCCCUCCACAUAUUGUGACCAAAUUACAAUCACUCGGUAAUGAGCGAAUUCAAGAUCUAAACGAAGGAAACGUGUCUCUUCAGGUUAUUUCACAUGGCCCUGGGGUCAGAUCUACAGCCCUCUGUAUAACAGCCAAUGACGAACUUGCCUCUGCUAUUUCGAAAAAUCCAACCCGAAUGGCAGGAUUUGCGAUGCUUCCAAUGGAUGACCCAGCUGCCGCCGCAAAGGAGCUGGAGCGGUGUGUCCGGGACCUACAUUACGUUGGUGCAUUGGUUGACAGUCAUGUCAAUGGACAUUUCUACGACGAGAAACGGUUCUGGACCGUCUUCGAGAAGGCGCAGGAAUUAAAUGUCCCAGUGUACAUACAUCCCUCUUUCCCAGCUGAUGAUAUGGCCGAACAUUACAAGGGCGACUAUGACGAUUCAAUCGCUCUUGCGCUGAGUGCGUUUGGUUGGGGAUGGCAUUCGGAGACGGCGCUCAGCAUUCUGAAGUUAUUUGCCAGUGGAUUAUUCGACAGUUUCCCAAAGGUCAAGAUCUUGAUUGGACACAUGGGAGAGAUGCUUCCAUUCCAGCUUGAGAGGGUCAUUUUGACUUCAGAGAGAUGGGGUCGGAGGCGGGGAUUGAGAGAGGUGUGGACUGAAAACGUCUGGAUCACAACGAGCGGCAUGUUCGCCCUUCCUCCGCUGGCGUGCCUGUUGCAGACUACUUCGAUUGAUCAUGUGCUGUACAGUGUUGACUAUCCAUUCUCAACAAACGAAAAAGGGCUCGAGUUCUUCCGGGAGGUUGAGAAAAGUGGCUUAAUUCCGGGGAAGGACUUGGAGAAGUUUGCAUUUCGUAAUGCAGAGAGCUUGCUCGGCGUAGAAGCCAGGGUUUUCCUUGAAAAUUAG